AUGAGUGCAAAGCGCAAACGAAUUGUGGUUUCGAUGGAUACACGUUUAAAAGUGCUAAGGCGGAUUGAUAAUGGUGAAUCCGUAGCGAAAAUAUGUGCAGAAUUUAAUGUUGGAAAAAGCACUGUAAAUGACUGGCGAAGAGAUAGGCGUUCAAUUGAGGAGUUUUGCUCGAAAAUGGAAUCUGAUAGAAAUCUGGGUAGCCGUUGUACGAGAAUAAAACCGAUUUGCGAGGUCGUCGAUGAAGCUUUGUGGAUCUGGUUUCUUCAGGAACGUCGAAGAGGUACACCGAUUGGCGGCCCAAUUUUGAAAGAAAAAGCUUUGGCUAUCCACCAGAAGAUUAAUAUUGGAGGUGACUUUGUGGCAAGUGAUGAUUGGCUUAAUCGAUGGAAGAAGCGACACGGAAUUAAUUUCGCACAUGUAAGUGGAGAAAAAAUGUCUGCUGAUACUUCUGGUGCGACACAAUUCAAGACUAAGUUUGGUGAAAUGGUUAAAACAGAGGAAUUAUCACCAGAACAAGUCUAUAAUAUGGACGAGACCGGGCUAAACAUUAAAAUGUUACCAGAAACAACUUUUCUAGGCAGUCAUGAACAGUCUGCCUCUGGCUUCAAAAAGAACAAAGAACCAAUUCUUGUGUUAGAUAAUGCUCCAACCCAUCCUUAUGACUGCGCUGUAGAUGACAUAAAAUUAGUUUAUCUUCCUCCUAAUGUGACAAGCUUAGUGCAACCAAUGGACCAAGGAGUGAUCAAAAGCUUAAAAAGAGGAUACAGGCGUAAACUUGUUUCUGAAAUUCUGCAACAUUCGGAGAGUGAAGACAAAGGUCUUUUAGAAGUCAUCAAAAAGAUCAAUAUCAAGGAUGUUAUCUAUAUGUUCGCUACAGCAUUUCAAGAAAUGCCCUCUUCAAAGUUUGUUAAGUCUUGGAGAAAACUUUGGCCAGAUGUUGAGAAUCUGAUUGUGAUCUCGAAUAUUGCAGGGACUGAAGAAGAAGAAAACAAAUCUACUUUACAAGACCUUCAAAAGUUAUCGGGUAACGAAUCAUUACAGGCAGAAGAUGUGGAAAAUUGGAUGAUAAACUGUGACGAACACCUUGAAAAUGAAUUUUUGAAUGAUGACGAAAUCAUAGAUUUAGCAAACAAAGAACAAGAGGAAGAUGAUGAAAGUAAUGACGUUGAAGAGGAGAAAACAGUUUCUCAUGAAGAAGCCAAAAAUGUGAUGGAAAUUGCAUUAAAAUACAUUGAGCAGCAACAUGAGUCAACAGCAUUAGACGUUUUGACACAGAAGUCUGCAAUGUCAAAGACAUGUUGGCGCGCUUUAGCACAUUACAUAAAACGUCAGAAACAGCAGCAACAACAACAACUAAAACUAAACAGCGACAUCAACUGCUAUAACAGCAGAAACAGCGGACAUACAUAA